AAUCAUGCGCUGUCGCACCGUUUCGACAUUGAGCCCCGCAUUCAAGAAGCAGGAUUCGAGAUCGUCAAAGAGCGUCAAAUGGAAUUUGAUGUCGAGACUGACCCCGAGUACCUCUAUGAGCUCUUCGGAGACGACGCUGAUUCUCUAGGAGAAGGUCCUGUCUGGGUCUACGUCCUUGAGCGCCGUCGUGCCGUCGAGGUUUUCAACUCUCUGAUGGGUCCUUCCGAUCCGGCCGAGGCUCCGCUUAACUCUCUUCGUGCCCUCUACGGUCUCUCGGCAGCGCAGAAUGGCAUUAUGGGCUCUCCCGAUACCCAUGCUGCUGAACAGCAGAUCUCUCCCCUGUUUGCUUCCUCGCCACCGUUCCCUAUUUCCGACCUUCCACCCGUGGACGGCACCGUAAUAGGUAGCCCCACCAGUGAUAGCCUAAAUUCACCACCUUCAACUAUCGGCAGCAAAUCGGGGAAAAAUACUCAGUUCAAAGCUCGCGGUCUUCCAGCAUCCCAUGCAACACCAGAUAUCGUACCUCGGACCACCAAAGCGGCCGCAUUGCGAGCUGGGAUCCUUCCUGCACCUUCGGAAAAUAGGCAUCGAGUUCCUCUAUCCAAGGAACAACUCGCUAAAACUUUUGCUAAUGUACCGGGUCACAAACGCACCGAGACUAUUCAAGUGGCUUCAACGAACGCACCCGCGAUUAAACCACGCAUGACGAGGGCGGCCUCAUUGAGGCUGGGUAUACCACUUCCGGAGGCAUCUAAGAAGACUACGCCGCCCACGGUCAAUGAAACAAAACCGAAGACUGCUGCCAUCUUCGAGGGUGUACCAGGUCAUAAGAGGCGAGAGACGAUUAGCGUCCCUUCGCUGACUAGUCGACCUUCACUUGCCCCGAGGACAAAUAGGACUUCAUCCUUGCGAGCGCAGAAGGAUAGUGCGCCGCCGACGUCAUUUAUGUUUCGACAGCCAACCGCACCGAAACUACCCGGAUCCGCGAAUAGCCUUUCCAGGAGUACGUCUCGGGCAUCACUGCACUCACAGUCAACGACAGUGUCUCGCGCUGCGUCUGCAAUGUCCCUCAACAGGGUGUCUCACGGUGCUUCAUCAGCAGAGACGUCUUCCAAGACCUCCGAGUCAAAGGUUACAGAACAGCCGCAGAGGAAAGCUCCACGCCCUAGUAGUAUCUCUGCACCUACGAUUGUUCCACGAACAAAUCGAAGCGCUGCAUUAAGGGCUGCAAAAAAGGAGGCUGAGGCGGUCAAGAUGAAUGGUGCCGGGGUUAAGGUACGGGCAAAGUCGGUCAUGGUUUAGGCUGAGGUUUUUGGGUCAUUUUUAAAAAAAUUAGUGCGCUGGUCGCUCGUUUACUUAUGAAGAGGAGCCAAUAUUCCGGAGACUCGAAUCGGUCGAACAUCCGUGGACCUCCUCAAACUCCAAUCUUGUCAUUUUCUUUUUUGUCUUGCGAUCUGUGACUUAUGCACUCAUCUCACUUAUCUAUCCUAUCAGGAAUUCAAUGUCUUUAUGUUGCUGAUUUCAUGUUAUUAUUACUCUAUGUUUAUAGCAAGAGUUGUUUCUUGUAGUUCUGGUGUAUAUUGGUUGCUUAUUAUUAUUAAAUGAUGUUGAAAUUUAGGUUAUGCUGCAGAAAGAUCGCCACUGCUUACGUUGCACAUGG